UUGUUAAUUACCUUUCAUUUUUUUUUUAAGAUAUCAUCCAUACAUAUAAAUGGAUUGUUAUUUAUUUAUUGAAAUCAACAUAUGAAAGAAUGGAAAGGUUUGAAAAAUCUGGAAUGGAUCCAUUUACAGCUAAAAAUGAAGGACAAGUUUAUUAUUCCAGAAGUCUUGCUAUUGCAUACAUUCAACACUACACUCUAACUUGUAUUAGAGAUAAAAUCGCUCAAGCGACCGAUGCUUCAAUCGCGGCCGUUUUAACAAGACUAGCUAACCUUUAUGGCUUAUUCAACAUUGAAAAACACUUUAUAGGGCAACUUUACCAAGGCGGUUACGCUUCUGGUCCAGAAGUUGUCACUUUAAUUCAAGAGGGCAUCUUGCAAUUAUGUAGAGAAAUCAAACCUGAUGCUGUAUCUUUAGUUGAUGCUGUAGCGCCACCUGAUAUGUUCUUACGGUCUGUAAUUGGAGCCUCAGAUGGACAAGUAUAUCAAAAUUUGAAGAACAGUUUCUUGCGUAAUCCUGCUAAUAUGGCCAGACCGAGUUGGUGGGAAGAAAUUGUUGAUAGGAACUAUUUGAAACCAAAAAUGUAAUUUGGUUUUGUUUUUAAUGAUUUGGGGAAGUUGUUAUUGGGGUAAAGAAUAAGUUUUGAAGCAUAUGUGGAUACAAUUUGAUAUAUUUUUUAUUGUUAUACAUGUUUUUAUAUGUAAUAAAAUUAUUUUUUAUAAUUA